AUGGCUGAAAUCAAGGAAAGAAGUCGAGAAGAAAUUUUGAAAGAGAAAACCGAAAGAGAAAGAUUCAUUGUUGGGUGCAGAAUGGAGAAAAUGCAGGAAGAGUAUGAAAAUGCUGUUAGAAACAAAAGAUGGGACAAGAACCGAGAAUGUUAUGUCAACAGAGAAGGUGAACCUGUUGUUCCCAGGAGAGAUAUAGUUCAUGAUGAUGUUCGUCUAAAGGUUGCUGAUGAAAUGAAAGUUGAAGUUGUUGAAAAAGAAGCUGUUACUGAAGAACAACAGGUUGAAGAAGAGAUAGAGAAGAAAGAAGAUGUUGAGAGUGAUAAAAAGCUGGUUGGUGAUCAGGUGAACACAACAGAAAAGGAGAAAAUGACAGAAGAAGGUGGGAUAACUGAUAAAAUUCAAACUGAAUCUUCUGAAUUACUCAACAAAAAUGAAUUGAUGAAUAAUGAUACUAAAAUCGAUAAACAAUCUGGUAAUGAAACUGAAAAUCUCAUGUGUACCCGGAACACCUACAACAUGGUCAGCAACGCAUACGUCCGGGUCGGAGUUAUAGAAAGAAACAUCUCCGACAUGCAGGAUGACAUUGGCAACAUCCGGGAGUAUAUGGCGGGCCAAGGAGGGAAUGAUGAUGAUGAUGAUGAUGAUGAUGAUGAUGAGGACAUCGAUUGA